AUGGCGGGCGAGCGGCGGCGGCGCGGCGGGGAUGGACCCCGGGAACGGCCCCGGGAGCGGCUGCGGGACCGGGACCCGAAACUGCGGCAACAGCAAAAGCCGCAGCGAGGCUCCGGGCGGGGCCGGACGGCGCUGGCGCUCACAGCGGCGGCGGCAGCGCUGGCGCUGUGUCUGGCGGCGGCGGCUGCCGGGUGGAAGCGGUGGAGCGAAGCCUCCCGCCUGGUCACCCCGCACCCCGCGCCCCCCGCCGUGCCCCCCGGUUCCACCGGGCCUCUCGCGUCGCCCACCUAUUUCUGGGGCACGUACCGGCCCCACGUUUACUUCGGGAUGAAGACGCGGAGCCCGCGCGCUGUGGUGACCGGACUGAUGUGGCUCCAACACGGCGGCAACCUGCGGCACACGAGCGAGCCGAACGACGGCGUGUCGCGAUACGGGUGGCUGAUGCACGACGGGGAGAAUUUCGGAGUGCAGGAGAUCCGCGAUGAGGGGCUGCUGCUGAGAACCGAGUUCGUGAAGCAGCCGGGGGGAGACCACGGCGGCGACUGGAGCUGGCGGGUCACGGCAAAGAUGGAGGGCAAGGGCCCGGCCCCUCUCCUAUCCCUCUUCUUCUACGUGGCCACAGACGGGCAGGGGACGCUGCGGCCGGUGCUGGAGAACGGGACACGGCUGGCGGCUGUGGCAGGGACGGCGGAGGAGCUCGGGGACUUCACCCUCACCUUCCUGCCGCCCACCGGGGAGGGCGGGGAGGGGCCCAAGUACGCCAGCUACAACUUCCUGGCCGCGGGGGUGCCGGGGCUGCACCGCCUCACCGACCUGGUCCGGCACAGCCUCCGCGAGAGCUCCGUGUUCUCCCCGCCGGGCCGACCCCGCCGCCGCUUUUUUGGGGUGUCCAGCACCGGGGGGCUGCCCGGGGAGCCCCCGCGGGGGCAGCUGCUGCUGCACCAGGUGACGCUGGAGCCGCCGGCGGUGCUGGAGGUGACGCUGGAGUCGGGCAGCGCGGCGGGGGCGCGGCAGGGGCGGCUGGCGGGGCCGGCGCUGAGCGCGGCGCUGGCCCGGCACACGGCCGCCUUCGAGCGACGCUUCGAGGACACUUUUGGGCUGGGGACGCGCGGGGUGUCCCUCCCGCAACGCCGCUUCGCCCAGGCCGCCCUCAGCGAGAUGCUGGGCGGUAUCGGCUUCUUCCACGGCCGCUCGCUGCUGCGCUCGGAGCACCGCGAGGAGCCGCUGCCCGGCAUGGAGUCCGUGCUGUUCACGGCCGUGCCCUCGCGCUCCUGCUUCCCGCGGGGCUUCCUGUGGGACGAGGGCUUCCACCUGCUGCUGCUGGCCCGCUGGGACCCCGCGCUGGCCCGCGACAUCCUGGCCCACUGGCUCGACCUGCUCAACGCCGACGGCUGGAUCCCGCGGGAGCAGAUCCUAGGGGAGGAGGCGCGCUCCCGCGUGCCCCCCGAGUUCGUGCUGCAGCACAGCGAGACGGCGAACCCCCCGACGCUGCUGCUGGCGCUGGAGCGGCUGCUGCCCGACGCGCCCCUGCCCUACCUGCGCCGCCUCUUCCCGCGCCUCCGCUCCUGGUUCGAGUGGCUCAACCGCACGCAGGCCGGCCCUGAGCCCUUCACCUUCCGCUGGCGCGGCCGCGACCCCGACCCCGAGCGCUUCCUGAACCCCAAGACUCUGUCGUCGGGGCUGGACGAUUACCCCCGCGCCUCGCACCCGUCCGCCCAGGAGCGGCACCUGGACCUGCGCUGCUGGAUGGCGCUGGGCGCCCGCGUGCUGGCGGCGCUGGCCGAGCGCCUGGGCGAGCCCCACGCGUCCUAUCGCGACAUGGCCGCCGCCCUCAGCGACAACGCCCUGCUGGAGCGGCUGCACUGGGCCCCGGAGCUGGGCACCUUCGCCGACUUCGGCAACCACAGCUCGGCCGUGGCUCUGCGCUGGCACCGCCCGGCCCCGGUGCCCGGCCGGCCCCCGGCGGCCCCGCAGCUGCGGCGGGAGGUGCGGGAGGCGCCGCGGCCGCAGUUCGUGGCAGCUUUGGGCUACGUCAGCCUGUUCCCGCUGCUGCUGCAGCUGCUGCGGGCGGACUCGCCGCGGCUGCCGGCGCUGCUGGGCUCCAUGAGCAGCGAGCAGCAGCUGUGGACGCCGUUCGGGCUGCGCUCGCUGGCCCGCGACAGCCCCUUGUACCUGCGGCGCAACACCGAGCACGACCCCCCCUACUGGCGCGGCUCCGUCUGGGUCAACAUCAACUUCCUGGCGCUGCGGGCGCUGCACGGGUACGCGCGGGCGGAGGGGCCGCACCGGGAGCGAGCGGCAAAGCUCUACCGGGAGCUGCGGCAAAACCUCGUGGCCAACGUGUUCCGGCAGUACGAGGCCACCGGGUUCCUGUGGGAGCACUACCGGGACAGCGAUGGCACCGGGCAGGGGUGUCACCCCUUUGCCGGCUGGUCGGCGCUCGUGGUGCUGGCCAUGGCUGAGGACUAUUGAUGUGGGGGGUUCCUGUGCCCCCUGCCUGCCUGCCUGCAGCGCUCAGGGCCAGGGGAGGUGUUGGGGGGCAGUGCCAGAGCCCCCCUGCCUCCCCUGCAAUAAACCUCCAUGACUGUGGCCUCUCGCCA